GGAAUUACGGUAGAAUUGUUUGAAUUUUUUCGUCGAAAUCUGUAACAGAUAUGACAAAACUACAAAAAACCAAAAUGUGUAGUACAGGACCAAAUAUUCUUUUAACGUUCUUAUAAACUAUCAGUGGUCCACGUAAAAAAAUUCUACAAACAACAAAGAAGCGGGCACUCAUCCAGAAAAAAUAUUACCCUGUAGAUUUGCAUUCAAAAUAAGCUUAUCACAUGAUGAAAACUCUAAAUCAGAAUAUCAAUGACAAAUUUAGGUUAAAUAUCUUGUGAAGGGAAUUAAGGUGCUCUAAGAAAAAAACAACUCUCGAAAACAAAGUAUUUGCGGGCCCAUGUUUAUAGGAUUUUCUUAAAAUGAUGCGAGGAAUCUGUCAUUUGCGUUUGUUCUUUCAAUUAGGGGACAUUCUGUAUUUCAGACUCCACCUUGUUGAGGAAGCCAAGAACAAUUUCUUGGCGCCGUACUCGACCCCUAUUGAAAAAAUUGUUAAGAGCGGCAAUUUGAUAUCGUGCUAAAUACCAAUAAUUUUAUUUGAUUUUCUCAAUGCGCAUGCGUCUAUUCAAGAAAUUCGAUCAAUGCGCAUAGUGUCACCGCAGCAUUUAGAGUUCAAACAUCCGCAUAGACCAAAACAAACAGAUAGGGUCCUCUGAAAAAAAAAAAAACUGCAGAACUCAGCAGUGCACCUCAGAAAUUUCUGGAAGGUGCAGAAGGUGGUCAGAACGCUUUGCAAGGUGUACCCGAGUCCCGGCGCGGCCCGCAACGUUUGGGCCUUGCCGCAGACUUCUUGUAACAUGGUAGCCGACACCGACCAUCCUGCUGCUUCGGAGGCCCACGACAGGGACGGACUUGAGGCCGAUAUCACCGAGCAGACCCAUAGGACUAUUUUCGAUAUUGUUAAAUCUGGGGAAAUUUCCGAAAUUGAGGAACUAAUUGAAAAAUCUGGAACUCAAGUACUACGAUUCAGAGACGAAUGGGGCUACACACCAGCCCAUUGGGCUGCACUAGACGGAAAUGUCGAAAUAAUGAGGCUAAUCGUGGACAGAGGAGCUCCUUUCGAUCUUCCAUGUCUCGGUAUUCAAGGGCCUCGACCGAUCCAUUGGGCUUGCCGAAAAGGACACACAGCUGUUGUCCAGGUCUUGCUGCAGGCUGGAGUUGCUGUGAAUGCAGCAGAUUUCAAAGGUCUGACGCCUCUGAUGACAGCCUGUAUGUUCGGCAGAACAGCCACGGCUGCUUAUUUAUUAGGAAUGGGAGCUUUGAACCACCUAGUAGACAUAAAUGGUGACACAGCUAUGCAUUGGGCAGCUUACAAAGGCCACGCUGAUCUCAUUCGACUUCUGAUGUAUUCUGGGGCUGCUCUACAAAACUCCGAUCAUUUUGGAUCAACGCCUCUUCAUUUAGCUUGUCUCUCAGGAAAUGUAACUUGCGUAAAACUUAUAGCUGAGAAGAGCAAUAUCGACUUGGAACCUUUAGACAAAAACGACAAAACACCACUGAUGUUGGCUCAAAGUCAUCGACAUUUCGACAUUGUACAAGUGUUGCAAUCUGAAAUAAAGAAGAGGAAGACGUGGUUCCCACCGAUAAGUGAAGUGUGGGGUUUGCUUUUCGGAAAGGGUGGUCAUUCUAAAGCACCUCUUUGUUUCUUUUUAUGCUCCGUGCUUCUUUGGGGGUAUCCUAUGUAUGUCAUAAGGUGCAUACCGAUCACAUGGAACAUCCUUAGAGCUUCACACUAUUGUUUUAUAUACUGGAAUAUAGUCAUGUGGGUUUGUUGGAUUGUAGCAAAUCGGAAGAACCCUGGAUACCUUCCAAUGAACACCGAAUCUUACCACAGGGCUAUCAAGCAAAUACCUUACCAAGACAAAUGGAAGAAGAGAAACACAAUGAUAAAUCGUCUCUGUCAUACCUGCAAAUGCCUUCGUCCACUUAGAGCGAAACAUUGUCGAAUAUGCAAUAGAUGUGUGUCUUACUUCGAUCAUCACUGCCCUUUUAUAUAUAAUUGCGUAGGAUUGAGAAACAGAACCUGGUUCUUCCUGUUUGUCAUGAGUGUAGCAAUAAAUUGUUCGUUCACAAUCUACUUUGCUACAUACUGUAUAGCUAUCGAAGGUUUCAGCGUGAUGUAUAUACUAGGAUUGGUUGAGGCCUUCGUUUUCUCUGGAUUAGGAUGGAUACUUACCUGCACUUCGGUCCUCCAUGCAUGUAUGAACCUAACCACAAACGAAAUGUUCAAUUACAAGCGGUACCCAUACUUGAGGGAUAGAAGAGGUAGAUACUUCAAUCCGUUUUCAAGAGGACCCAUUUUCAAUCUCAUCGAGUUCUUUUUCUGCACUCCUGAAGAAUAUGAAGACGACUAUCAUUAUGAAUACAUCUGAUAUACGAGCAAACAAAUUCUGGCAAGAAAAGGAUAAAGAUCUUUUCCAAAUGAGGAUAUUUUUAUACUGGUAAAUUCAGCAUUCAUCAUGUUCAGUAGAUCGGUUGGAGUUUUCCAUGCCAAGAAUGUAUGUGAAAUAUUUUUAUAAACUGCCAUUAGCAGAAAAUAGUUCCUGCAGGAUGUAUAGUUUAUCCAGGAUAUUUUUUUUUACCCUGUGUCGUGUUAAAUUAGUUCCUCUAGGUAAAUCUGUAUACGUGAGCUUUUUAGCUUAUCCCAGCUAUAUUUUUAUUGAACAUAUCUCUCCCGAAGAUAGCGUUUCAGAAUUGAAUACUUAAUCAUAUCAGAAGAAAAAUACAAACAAAUUUUUUUUCAAAACAAUUAUUUUUCUGACUCAGCUCCCAAAAAUAUUUUAGCUUAGUAGAGAAUAUCGAAUAACACCCUGUACAAUAUAAAAUAAACAAGAUCAGUACUUGAAUCUUGUUAAAUUCGAAAAAUAAAACCCUCACCUACUUGAAUACACUCCUAAUCGUUUUCUGUAAUUUAUGAAACUUGAGUUUCAUUUCAUGUUUCAAGCAUUAUUAAAAAUCUAAAUUUGAAUUAAGUGAUCCCCUAAGCUGGAGAAAUGAUUGCUGAACUUACUCACAAUGCCUGUUUCUGAAGCUCAAAAAUAUGUACAUUUCAAUUAAUAACAAAUUGGGAUGUAUAGUCUCAAAAAGUGUCUUAUUACAUUUUAUAAAGUACGGCGAUUUGUUGCAUAUGCCUGUUGUUUAAAAUCAUUGUAUCGAUAGAUUUAAUUAUCUGUUUUUGUAAUUGAUAUUCCAAUCGUACCUAUUUUUUACGGAUAGAAGCGAUAGAGCGAAAAAUUUAUGCUUUCAAAUAAAUUUUUUCUU